CAAGAGUUUAUUUACCUUCAAGCGGCCGCUUGAUACCGAAGUGUGAUUCUAUACAAAAGAAUUCCCCCGAAAUUUACCGGGCGGGCCUGCCAGACAAAACUAACGGUAACUGGUGUGUGCGUAAAAUAGGCAGUAGUAAAAUUUGUAAACAAAACAUCCAGACGUUCAUUCAUGAUGACAGCUGCCAUUGAAAGCAAUUAGUCCGACAAGUUGAGUCCGUUGGGUGUUCGAUGGAUUCCAGCGAUAGAGGGAAGCGGCGCAUCAUGGGACCAAUCAAGGUUUCAGUGGACACGGCGCUGUGCAUAAUAUUUUACGUUUCAUGUCUAUUUUAUUCGUUCUACAAAAAUUAUGAACUUAGUAACGAGAGUCUUCAAAAUUAUUACUACCUCGAGGAAGGUUGGCCCAUUUUUAACGGCCGACGAAGAGAUGACUACGACUGGGAGUGGGAAAUAUACAAAAAAUACGCCAUCAGCAACGUGGUGAUAUUCUUUCUACAUGCUAUUCUGUUCGAGGUCAUCAGAUAUCUGCGAGUGCGACAGGUAUCCUCGGUACUGACAAUUUUUGGAUGUGGAGCAGUUUUCUACAUUUACGGCUACAAAGUUCUGGUGAUUCUUCUUCUGCAAAAUUUAACAUUCUUUGUGGUUGGACAUUGGACGAAAAGUGUAACUGUUAUGUGGGUCAAAGCGUUUCUGUGGAUUGCGAUGAUCAAUAGUGUAAAGAUAUUGUUCUUUUAUGAUCAAUUGAACGUUUUGUUAGACAUCGACAAUGAUAAACUCCUUGAAUUCAGUAUAAUAAUUUCAUGGAAUGUUAUCAAAUGUACAUGCUUUUGUCUGGAUCGAGUCAAUGCUACUGGAGAUAAGCACCGCUACAAGUUCGUGGAUCUUCUAGGUUAUUCAUUUUAUUUUCCGUUGCUGCUGUUCGGUCCUGUGAUCAUCUAUGAUCGGUUUAAGGAAUGUCUGAGAGUGUCGUGGCCAUUGGAAAAUAUGAACACUAUGGAACGACUGGGAAGACUACUUUGGCGUCUGGUUAUAUGUUUCUUCUGGGCGCUGGUAAUGGAAGCAGGUCAGCAUUUUUUCUACAUCAAUGUUAUUCAGCUUGAUUUGAAGUUAUUGCAACAGGUUAACCUGUGGGCUUUAUAUGGUUUGGGGUACAUGAUGGGACAGUUCUUCUAUGUAAAAUACGUAGUGUUUUACGGUAUUGGAAUAGCUUUUGGUACAUUCGACGGAGUAUCGAUGCCGCGAAAACCAAUAUGCAUUGGUCGAGUUCAUCUCUACUCGGACAUGUGGAAAUUUUUCGAUCGAGGAUUAUACGAAUUUUUGUUCAAGUACAUUUACACUAAAUUGUGCACCAAAACUUCUUCCAACGUUCGUAAGAUAUUUGCCAGUUCUAUAACAUUCAUUUUCAUCUACGUCUGGCAUGGACUGUACACAUUUGUGAUGAUAUGGUCCGCACUCAACUGGAUAUGCAUAGUUAUGGAAGGAUUUGUUAAAACCAUGUUCGGGACAAAUACGAAACUGGGAGCGGUGGUAGGAACACACGUGUUUGUUCUCUCAGUUUUGUCCAAUUUCUUCUUUUUCGCUCGAGAAGAAGUAGGUUACAUUUAUAUUCAAAGAACGUAUUUUGAAAGCUUCUUUAAUUACAUGGUACUUUAUGCGGUAGCUUAUUGCUUCUUCAGAACGGGUGAAUUUAUCAAAACAGUAGAGGGUGACCGAAAGUAUUCAUUGAAAAAAGGUUUUUAAUUCCUUAAGAAUCUAUUCAUUUAUAUUCAAGUUAAAAAAUAUACAUGACACUCAAAAA